AUCUUUAUCAUUGAAGUCUCUUCGUUAUUCUCGUCAAUUUCACUCUCCUCUUUAUUAUCUAUAAAUGUCGUCAGUCGAACUACAUAUAUAUAUAUAUACAAUAUAUAUAUGCAAUAUAUAUAUAUAUAUUGUAUGUCCUUGGAGUUACUCGAUCGAGCACAACAAUUCGUUUCGCUAUUUCGAAUGGAAUAGAUAUGAGUGGAAACAUCCCGUAAAGCGAACCUUUUAUCGUAAUACUUUGCUGCGGGUUAGGAGACAAUAAUACCAGACACAAUGAUAGCUUCCGUAGAACUGUGAACAGGAAAUGUUCUACAGUUUUCUCUCUUCCCCACACACCAUCUCCUCUCUCUCUCUCUCUCUCUCUCUCUCUCUCUCUCUUUCUCUUUCUCUCUGUGUUUCUCUCUAGUUAAUCUGAAUAAUCACCUUGGACAAAAAUUACUAGAUAGCCAGGGUGGGAGGCUAAUGGCGGAUAGAGAUCGUUUAAAAGCUCUCUCUCUCUCUCUCCCUUGGUGAAAAUCUUUUCAAAUACUUAUAUCUCUAUCAUAAAAUUCUAUUUAACAGAGAUUAGAAGAUUUACAUGAUAGAAAAAAAAAAAAAAAAAAUAAUUAUUGUUCACUUUGAUAAAACGCGAUAAAAGAGAUAGACAUAACAAUGUAAUUGAAUUUGUUCGUACAAAAGCUGAUCGAAUUUACUCGAUGCGUCAGCAAUUUCUUCUCUAAAGAGUGAAUCAUAAUUGCAAUUUAUCUGUAAAGUAUAUAAGCCAGUUCUCCGUCUUCGUUCUUUGUUCUUACUUACGUAUACCAAUUAAACCAACUAACCGAACAAGUCGGAACGCUAAAGAAUAAUAUAUUCGAAACGAAUUACGAGAUUUUCUUUAACAACUAAUUUAUAUGUAAUACCUUCUGCGAAGAUAAGGAAAAAAAAAACAAAAAAAAAAAAAGAAAGAAAAGAGAAAGAAAAAAAAACGAUAUAAGAGACAUGUGUUGAAUGUGCAUACUUAAUCGGGAUACAAUAACAACAACGAAGACGAGAACGAUAACGAUUGAAACAGUGAUUAAUUUAAUGACAUUUAAUUCUUUGGAAUGCGGUUUAUAUCUACCUCAUUCUCCUUCCCUCCCUCUUCCUAUCCGCCGCGAUAUAGUAAGCUUUGUAAUUAGAGAACAGUUCAAAAACCGGUAAUUUCGUUUCUUUUUUCUUCUUUUUUUUAAGACACCAAAAAACUCUAUUUCCAAAGUAUAAAUCUCGAUAAAAUUAUACAGGUGCAUGAGUGUUAAGGAGCGAUUAUAAAAUAUUUAAAGAAAUGUAUUCGAAAAGGAUAGAGAAUAGGAGAUAGGAUAGGAUAGGAUAUAGGAUAGGGGAGGGAAAAAGGAAAGGAAACAAUGGAUAUUAUUAAAAUAUCGAAUGAUAAUGAAACUAAGUGGAAUAAGGAGUAUCGAUGUAUAUAAUAUAUAAUAUAUAAUAUAAAUUAUUACAUAAACGAAUACACCGCGGAAUCAUUACGGUAAGUGGAAUUUGUAUACGGUAGAUAAUACUAUCAACGUGAACGAGUCUCGAACGUCACGAACGUAGCCGCGAGAUGUGCCUUACAGUAAAAUGGUUCCGGAUUAUGGACUCGUUUUACGUGAACUUCCUUACCGUGUUUCAUAAUCGCGUGUCGAGUCAGCCAACCAACCAGUCAGCCAGCCAGCCAGCCAGCCAGCCAUCCAGCCGGCCAGCCAGCCAUCCAGCCAACCAACUACUAACCAGCCAACCAAGCUAACUCGCUUUACUCACUCGUAUAAGGAUUGUUCUCUUUUGAUGUCUUGGCAAAAAGACUAUCUUUCUGUGGGACUAAUCGGUGUCCUUCUAUUACUGACGUACGCUGACAACAGCGUACACAUAUCGUCGAAGUACGGUCAACUCGUUACUUCGAGUACUUUGAAUUGGCUCCCACGUGCGCAUUAUGAUUCUUCGAAGCAGAUCGUGGUCGGUGGUUUUCAGAUUCCUCGUGAAACCGAAGAGGAUCUAAUGGCGUCUAAUAAUGCGCCUCUGAAUAGACCGAACCCGUUCAAAAAGCCGUUACACGUAUGCCGUGCAUUGCACAAUGGUGUGUGGGUAUCCGGAACUCAAUUGGGAGAUGAAAAACGUUGCACAGUAUCGAUACACGGUAACGUUCGUUCGUACGAGAAAUACGAUCUCCUUGAAAACGUUGACAAUGCGGCAAGAGUUAGCUGGCGACAUUGGGACAUAUAUACUCCGUUACCCGUGGGAGCUGUAGCCACGGACAAAAUGUAUGUUGCAAGGUACGAGGUAUCCAAUAAUGAGGCAAAUCCAAAAUUGCCCUAUACUUAUACCCAUUACAUAGGAACCAUGAAUAUGAACGGUAAUUUCGGCACAAUCUUCUACGUUAAAGACAAUGGUAUUGAAAAUACAGCGAAAUUUUGCGAAGUCCUUGUCGAGACCGAACCGAUAUAUUACGAACUUAGCGGCGUCAGAUUGAACUGGUCGAAAAAACGAGUGAUAAAACGUACACAACGCUUGCUCUGGACAGGUACGCUGAAAAACGAUGCCGAAAAAGGUUCGAAACUGGCAGAAGCUGUUGCGUACUCGUAUAACUACUCGAUGUACUGGGGUCAGGGUCAUGCUAUUUUAAAGGGUUUAAAUACUUCGAUUUUGUUAUAUAAUGGAACGAAUUUACCUCAUAUCAUUUGGGGUAUCGAGGAAAGGGAGUCUCGUACCGAAGUGCAAGAGAUAAAAAUCUAUUUGGAACCUGGUACUGGCGUAAAUGUUACUCUAAAAGCUAACUAUACCGACAUGGAAGUUCCAUAUACCGGAGAACUGGUUUCUCAUUACGAGGACAAGGUCACUACAUCAAGAGUGAUCAAUGGCAUUCGUAGGGAGGAAACCUUGCUCGAUAUUAAGCCAGAAUUCGGACCUAUCUAUUUCCUGAAAGAUUAUAGUCUAGUUCCUACGACUACACCACCGCCUGUCGUUACAGAACCUACUACCACAACUGUCAAAGUCACUUACGACGAGGGCAAAGAAAUUAGACAGCCUAAGAUGGAUGAUCCAGAAUUAGAUGAGAACAUGAUCGUUGUACCUAAGACAUCGGACACAUCGAACAUGCAAGGCGACGAUGGAGGUCCGUUGUCCCUUCAAAAUAAAAUCGAAACAGUAUACUCCGGUGUGUCCUCGCUAGAAAUGUCCUGUUCAUUGAUUUUAUCUCUAACGACGAUCGUCAUCAAUAGGAUCGCGUGAACGUUCAUAAUAUGAAUCUCUUUAAAUUAAGAUAAAAAAAGAAAAAAAAAAGUAAAUAAAUAAAUAAAUAAAUAAAUAAAUAAAAUAAAAUAAAAAAAUAA